AUGGAACCUACACACCUGCUUAAAUGCUGCACAAUUUGGCCAUUUGGAUUGCAAUAUGCACAUGAGAAUGCCUGUCCAUGGGAUGAGGAGACAUGCGAAGGUGCUGCUGAAAAUGGCCAUUUGGAGUGCCUCAAAUAUGCCCACGAGCAUGGCUGUCCUUGGGAUAACUAUACCUGUAGGGCGGCUGCUGAGACUGGCCAUUUGGAGUGCCUCAAAUAUGCCCACGAGCAUGGCUGUCCUUGGAAUAACUAUACCUGUAGGGCAGCUGCUGAGAAUGGUCAUCUGGAUGUCCUCAAAUAUGCCCACGAAAAUGGCUGUGAAUGGGAUGAAGGCACGUGUUCCCAUGCUGCAAUGAAUGGUCAUCUGGCUGUCCUCAAAUAUGCCCACGAAAAUGGCUGUGAAUGGGCUGAAGGCACGUGUUCCCAUGUUGCAAUGAAUGGUAAUCUGGAAGUGCUCAAGUAUGCCCAUGAAAAAGGUUGUGCCUGGGAUGAAAACACGUGCCACUUGGCUGUUCCCAAAGGUCACCUAGAAGUGCUACAAUAUUUACAUGAAAAUGGCUGUCCAUGGGAUGAAAACACAUGCCGUGAAGCUGUUAAAUGGGGCCAAUUGGAGGUGCUGAAAUAUGCAAUUGAGAAUGGGUGCCCAUAUCACGACCAUGACUUGAUGGCAGCGAGUUAUAGCGAGGUACUUGAUUGGGUUCAAAGCUUCUUCUCGCAGAGGGAUGACUGA